UGGAGGAGAAGACAAAAUGGAAGGCUGUGUAGACGUUUUCCUACGACAGAACACAACUGGAUAACCAGUAAGGUCUAUCAUGGAGGGCUUUAUGGAUAUCAAUGAGAUCCAUGACAUCACUGGCACUGAUACAGAGGAGCACAGAGGAGAUGCAGAGCAGGUGGAGGGGGCCGAGAGGAGUGCUAGGCCGACCAUCAGCGAGUUCAAAAAGACCUGGGGCUUCAGGCGGACCACGGUUGCCAGAAGAGAGUUUGUGGGAUUGGAUGAGAUUGAAGAUCCAGAAUCUCCACCCCUACCCACACGUCGGGGCAGAGGCCGCCCAGCCAAGACCUAUUCGAGACGUGGGCGAGGGGGGAGAAGGAGCGUCCCAGCCGACCUGGAGUACUCUGGAACGGCCUCCCCCAUUCCAAUGGACACAGAGCCUUCCUCAGAACCCCAAGAGCCCUGCCCAGGUGGCAGCCUAGAUCCCACCUCUUGGCAGGACUUUGGAUCUGCAUUUGGCACUGCUUUUUCUCUACUUGGGGAGAAGGAGGAGGACUACAUGCCCAUGACUGCUCCUGCCCAAACUAUGGCUGCCCCUGCCCCUAGCUAUGGGGCUAGUAGGGACGUGGAAGUUGCCUCCAGUAUUGAGGAGGACAGUGAUGAGCUGACCCUGAAGCAACUCCAGGAACGGCUGAGCACUAGGGGGAGGGGGGAGUCCAGGGGGAGGGGGGUCAGAGGGAGGGGGAGGGGAAGAGGGAGAGGUAGAGGUAGGGGGCGUGGGAGGGGUAGGGGGCGUGGGAGGGGUAGGGGUGUAGAGCCAGAGUCGAGCACUGCGGAUGAAGAGGAGGUUAUUUUUGUAAAUGAGUUGGAACCGCAGCAGGUGCAUCAGCCUCAGGAGGAAAGGGAGAGGAGUCCUGAGAAGGUUGUGGUAGAGUCUCAAAGCCCUUCUCCUUCUCAACAGUCGAGCUCAGACUCUAUGCCUCCUCUUGAGUCUGAUCCAGAAACAACAGAAGAAAAGGCUAGCCAAAAUGAUAAUGUAACAGAGGAAAAGGACAAGGUGGAAGAGGAGGAGAGGAUCGAGGAAGAAAAGUCAGAGUAUUCUAGCAUAUCGGACAGUGAGGGCUACAACCCCCAUGCCCUUUACUGCAUCUGUCGACAGAGGCACAACAAAAGGUUCAUGAUCUCCUGCGACAAUUGUCUGGAGUGGUUCCAUGGCGACUGCGUUGGCGUCAGCGAGAUUCAAGGCCGAAAGCUUGAGAGGAGUGGACGAGACUGGAUCUGCGUCACCUGCACCAACAAGAGCCAGAGCCAGCCAGACCCCCAGCAGAGCUCCCCUGACUGCCUGACACUGCCCUACUCGGGGGAGGAGGAGAUUGUACAUGAGGAGCAGGCCAGCGAGGAGGCUGUGGUGCAGGAAGUGACAGAGAUGGUUGCUGAGGCUGAGAUGGAGUUGGAUGGUUCCCUACCCCAGUGCAUCGGCUCAGGGUGCAGUAAGCACGCCCUGCCUGACUCCGUUUACUGCGGCACAGACUGCAUUCUGCGGCACGCGGCUGCCACUAUGAAGACGCUUUCCAACUCCAAAGAGACUAAAACUAAGCAACGCCCACAGAGGAGAGCAGCAGCCAAACUUGGCCCUAAGGAUCAGAGGUCGGCUAGGAUGCCCCAGAGGUUGUUGGCAGAGCGGCCUGAAGAGGAGGCUGAGGAAGAGGAGGCUGAAGAAGUUGAGGACAAGGAAGCUGACACAUCUACAUCUGCCUUAUCCUGUGACCCUAGUCUCACUGCAGUACAGGCCACAUCCAUAGAAUCACCUAUGUUUUACAAGUCGACUGGAAAGGCCAGUGAGCAGGUAGAGGUUGAGAUUGAGCCCAUUUCUCCUCAGACACAUUCUCCAGAUAACUAUCCCUCAGACAUCAUCACUGAGUCGUCCCUUCCUCUGGGAAGUGCUCCAGGAAAAACCAAGAGACCAGCAAACAGCUGCAGUGUCUCCAGGAAACCCUAUGUCGAUACAUCCCCUGUCAAACAACCCAAUCCCCCCAAAUCCAGUCCCUCUCCGACCCCUGAGGCCCCAAGCACCUCAGCCUCCAGACACCACGAAACAGGGGCCCUGAGGAUCGGCAAGACGUCCUUCACCAUCCCCAAGAAGCAGCCUCAACCCCUCGUGACUCCCAUUCUACCCUCACCUCCACCCCCCACCCCAAUGAAUGAAACUAGGACACUGCCCGUGUCCCCAGCCCCUAUCGCCCCUUCCUCCAGACCCCCUCAGCCAGCCAACAACCAGGUCAGGCAGAGCAUCCAACGCUCUCUCACCAACAUCCUGUUCAAGAGGGUGUGCGACUGUGACGAUUUGGAGAGGUCUGAGAGUGAAGUGGCGAAGCUGGUCACCAGCAUCGAGACGGAGAUGUUUAACAUAUUUAACAAUACAGAUAGCAAGUACAUGAACAAGUACCGAACCAUCAUGUUCAACCUUAAAGACCCCAAAAAUAAGGGUUUGUUCUACAGCGUCAUCCGUGGUGAGGUCAGUCCCUUCAGACUGGCCAGGAUGAGCCAGCGGGACAUGCAGGCCACAAAGGUCUCAGAGCCGAACAAAAAAGACACUCCAGAGGUCCGGGAGUCUGGUCCCAAAGCCGCAUGUGUGCUGCCAAAUCCAGCGCCUGAGCCAGUGAAGGUUGAUCUACCUAGUCUUCCCUUUAGGCCAAGUAGACACAUGGAACAGAAGAGCACUCUCUCUGCUGCCACUAAGGCCAGACCUAGCCAGUCGAACCAGAACAGCUCCGUCCCAGACAUCCUCAGCUGCAUGCUGAAAGACACAACUGCCGAGCACAGAGCUCACCUGUUUGACCUCAAGUGCAAGAUCUGCACAGGUCAGAUAACAGUUGAGGGUGAGGAGGAGCCUGUACCCAAGAAGUCUAAACUCUCUGGGUCAUCGUCAUCCUCCACAAACCCAGACGAAUGGAAAGACAGGCCGUCUCGGCCACCCUGGAUGUAUGCCAGAACAGAUCCCAGAACAGAGGAGAGAGGAUGGAGAACUCCAGCAGGAGAUGAAUCACCCCUCCUUGCACCCCCCGACUCCCCCACCAUGGGUUCCCCUGCCUCCCCCCUAAUGGAGGAUGACUCUGUCUUAACCAUCAUGGAAUCCCCCGCUUCACCCACAAUGGAAUCUCCCGCUUCUCCACCAAUGGAAUCUCCCGCCUCCCCCAUUUUGGAAUCCCCUGCCUCCCCUGUCAUGGAUUCUCCCGCCUUCCCCAUUCUGGAAACCCGCAAAGCCAAGACACCGUCCAGAAUGUAUACCCCAGUCAUGAUUCCGGCUGUUUCUACGGUAACCAUUACAAGGCGUGAUCCCCGCACUGCUGGCAACCGUUCUGCUGUUAUGUCUGGUGACCCCCACACCGCUGGCAACCGCACUCCUGCCAUGGCAACUGUCGCCAUGUCUACAGUCCCACCUCCACCAGUCUCUUAUGUCCCUGCGAAACAGAGUGUUACUCUGAGCAAGACAUUCAUGCCCUUGCCACCACCCCCAUCCCUGCCACCAAUGCCAGCAUUACCCAAAUCUAUCCUGAUGAAGCCAUCCUCCUCAUCGUUCUAUGGUUCUUCAGGAUCCUCUUCAUCCUCUUCAAGGGCUGUGAACUCCCACUCCCCUCAAGAUGGGGAGACAACCCAGUUCCUGGCCAAGCAGGAAGUAGUGUGGAAGGGCUUCCUCAACAUGAUCAGCGUGGCCAAGUUCGUCACCAAGGGCUAUCUGGUCUCCGGGCCUUCUGAAUAUCUCAAAGAGGAUCUGCCUGAUACUAUACAGCUUGGUGGAAGAAUCAUGCCUCAAACUGUGUGGGAUUACAUCGGGAGAGUGAAGACCUCUGUUACAAAGGAGCUGUGUGUGAUCCGGUUCCACCCAGCGACAGAGGAGGAGGAGGUGGCCUAUGUGUCUCUGUUCUCCUACUUCAGCAGCAGACGGCGCUUCGGGGUGGUGGCCAACAACAGCCGCAGCAUUAAAGACAUCUACCUCAUCCCACUCAGUGCAAAGGAGUCCAUUCCUUCCAAACUCCAACCCUUUGAAGGAUCAGGCUUUGAGAAGAAUCGCCCCAAUCUUCUUUUGGGACUGGUUAUUUGCCAGAAACCCAAACGUGCGGGAAGCUUGCCACAAGAGGUUGAAGAGAAGAGAGCCAAGAUCCACAUAUCCAAAGACUCCAGAGAUACUGGCCUCCCGAGACCCCCUACGCUGUAUGGGUCUGACCCUAGGACGGAGGAAUUCCUGCCCUACGACCCAGCGAUGCCCAUCAUGUCCACCCCUCCUGGUUCCCCUCCUUCCACUGGAUCCCCAUCAGACUCCUCCUCCUCUGGCUCACUGACUAUUCCAUCACUUCUGUCCUCCAUUAGAGCUGCUCUCCCUGCUUCUGCCCCACCCCCCACCACUAGCACAUCCACCACUCCCCUGCAGACCAUCCUGAAGUCACUGUUUGGGAAGGACUCUCAUGCAGUCCCAGCAGUUGCAGCAGUGCCCCUUCCAACCACUCUGCUCCCUCCCCCAAUGGUGGAUCCGAUAGUACAGCAGUACGGGCAGAAAUCCAAAGUCAAAGAGAUUGAGGAGGAGGAAAAUGAAUAUGAUCGACCAUAUGACCCGGAGGAGGAGUAUGAUCCAGCAAUGGGCUAUGGAAGGGUUGCCCCAAUUAAUAUAGAUAAAAUGUUUGAGGCGAAUGCUGCCACUCAGGCCACGUGUGCAGAUGAUGACGACGUGGCUUACGACCCUGAGGAUGAGACUAUCUUUGAGGAUAUGCACAAUGAUGGGGUCAGUGUAGCGAAAGUCCCAGCUCCAACUUCAGCUCCAGCUCCUACCCCAGUCCCAGCUCCAGUACAAGACCCAGUCCCAGAUCCCAGUCCAGCCCCAGCCCCUCUGAGCCACCCCAUUACUGGUGCUGUGAUUGUGUCAGCCGCUACUCUGACUGAACAACAGCGAAUGCUUGAGGAUCUCAACAGGCAGAUUGAGGAGCAGAAACGGCAGCUGAAGGAGCAGGAGGAGGCACUGCGUCAGCAGAGAGAGGCAGUGGGCAUGUUCAUGGCCCACUUCUCUGUUUCCGAUGCCUUGAUGUCUCCCCCUACUAAAUCUGGGCUGUCUCACUUACAAACACAGCAGAGUGAAGGAGAGCAGUCUGAGGCAAAUCCUUCAGUCAAUCAAAGAGCUUUAAAAGGUAUUUUGAAAACGGAGGAAACAGAAGUACCAAUAAAACAAGAGAUUAAGAGAGAGACCAAGACUGUACCUCUUUCAGUGUCAAGAAAUGUGGAAAUGCCCAAUGCAUCACCAAAGCGGGUUAAAGAGAUUAAAAAGGAAAAUAUUCAGGCAACAGACAAUUCAGAUCCUGAAGCUGGUGAGAUCCAGGACUCUGAUGUAGCUUACGACCCAGAGGAUGACACUAUCUUUGAUGAGCUGAAAGACACAAAUGGAGAAGAAAAGGCGAAAACCUCAACUCGAUCAGAUUCAGCAAGGCGUUCUGAGCGGUCUCGUGACUCCUCAGUGUCUAGCUCGUGUCGUGGUGCAUCGCGCAAUGACACUCCUGAUAGGAGGCGUAAGCGUAGCAGCCAACCAGAUACUCACUCACCGAAAAGACGGGACCGUAAAGUCAGGGACCGACACGAAAGCCCUCCUCGUAGAUCUGGCCACCGGUCCCCUGGACACUCUGAUAGGCGAAGGGAAAGACACAGACGGGGUGAGAGGAGCCGACCAUAUCACAGAGGUCGUCACCACUCUGAGCGCCCAGGCCGUCAUAUCCCUCAUAAAGAGCGUACUUCUCGACGCAGCUCUGGUAGCCAUAGAAGAUCCCCAUCUUCACCAAGACAAAAACAAGAUUCUGGCUCUAGGGGACUCUCAAAGGGUCAAAGGGAGACUUCCCCUCCAGUGUGGGAUGACUCAAAGGGCCCAGAGGCUCCUGAAGACAUGGGUCCUACAAGUCCAGCUCCAGCACUGGUCAUGGAGGCUAAUGACUCACCUCAGCCCCCUCUUGAAAGACAGGACAUUGAUGAACCACUGUGUGAUCGUUGUGAUUCUGGAGGUCCACCACAGGGAGAGAUUGAGGACACAGGCCGUCAAAUGCCCCAUGAGAAUCCCACUCCCCAGAAGCCUGCGGAUCAACAACCUUCUCAAAGCUUGCUGGGAUCACCAUCAAAAGGGCCCAACAACGAGCAAGGCCCCAACAUCCAGCUUCAAGACAAUAGGGAUAGGCCCUCUCAACUGGAACUACUAGAGCAAUGCAGUGUACAGAGCCCAUCAGACAUUAUGAGAGAAAAACAGUUUUCCUCACAAGGUCCUCCCCACAUGGCCUCUCCUAAUAACCAGGGUGAGCGGUCCAGCAGUUUAGAGAGGAGAGAUCCUGAUAUUAGGGAGGGAAGGAGAAACCAAGGGCCUGAUAUGAUGGGACCCGGGCCAAACAUGAGGGGUGAAAGGAGAGGGCCGCAAAUGAGGCAUCCAAGUCCAAAUAUCAGAGGUCCAGAUCCAGAACCAGACAUGAGGGGUGAAAGGAGCGAGCCACAAAUGAUGCAUCCAAGUCCAAAUAUCAGAGGUCCAGAACCAGACAUGAGAAGUCCAGAUAUGAGAGAGGACCACUUCUCACCAACAACUUACUUUGGAGGAAAGAGAUCACCAUCGCCCCAUUUUAAUAGUCCAAGGAUCCCCUUAUCUGUUCCAAGAGGAAAUUUUAAGGAUCAACGGGGAGCACCUUGUCCUGGUUUCCGCCCCAGGGGUCCUCGUACCUCAAGGUGGAUGCCACCACGGUCCCGGUUUGAUGGUCCACAUAAUCCGCUAGUAGUAAGACCUCUAGAGCUGCUCGGAAAACAAAGAGGCACCAACCAGAAUCAUGACAAUGGAGGUGAGCCUAUUCAACCAGAAAUAAAGGAGCAACACAUUGCACAGAGCCCAUCGGACAUUAUGAGAGAGAACCAGUUUUCCUCACAAGGUCCUCCCCACAUGGCCUCUCCAAGCAACCACGGUGAGCGGUCCAGCAGUUUAGAGAGGAGAGAUCCCGAUAUGAGGGAGGGACGAAGACACCAAGGCCCAGACAUCAGAAGUCCAGAUAUGAUAGAACCUGGGCCAGACAUGAGGUGGCCAGGGCCAGACAUGUGGGAUGAUAGAAGGGGUCCAGGGCCAGACAUUAAAGGGCCAAGGCCAGACAUGAGGGGUGAUAGGAGAGGGCCAGACAUGUGGGAUGCUAGAAGGGGUCCAGGGCCAGACAUGAGGGGUGAUGGGAGAGGGCCAGACAUGUGGGGUGAUAGAAGGGGUCCAGGGCCAGACUUGAGGGGUGAUGGGAGAGGGCCAGACAUGUGGGAUGAUAGAAGGGGUCCAGGGCCAGACAUGCAAGGUUCAGGGCCAGAGAUGGGGUAUCCAGGGCCAAUCAUACGAGGUCUAGGGCCAGACAUGCGAGAUCCAGGGCCAGACAUGAGGGGGGAUAGGAGAGGGCCAGAACCUGACAUGAGGGGUGAUAGGAGAGGGCCAGAGCCGGACAUGAGGGGUGAUAGGAGAGGGCCAGAGCCCGACAUGAGGGGUGAUAGGAGAGGGCCAGAGCCCGACUUGAGGGGUGAUAGGAGAGGGCCAGAGCCCGACAUGAGGGGUAAUAGGAGAGGGCCAGAGCCCGACAUGAGGGGUGAUAGGAGAGGGCCAGACAUAUGGGAUGAUGGAAGAGGUCCAGGACCAGACAUGACAGCUCCUGAAAUGCCAGCCCCAGAUCCAGAUAUGAGAAGUCCAGACAUGAGAGUGGACCACUUCACACCAACAGCUAACUUUGGAGGACAGAGACCAACAUCGACUCAUUUCAGCAGUCCAAGGAUGAUCUCACCUGUUCACAGAGGACAUUUUGAGGAUCAAAGGGGAGUACAUCGUCCUGGUUUCCGCCCCAGGGGUCCUCGUCCUUCGAGGUUCAACCAGCCCAGAGGCUCAUAUCCAGGGCACUUCCCAGGGGGGCAACCACGGUUCUGUUUCGAUGGUCGACAGGGAGUGGUAAGACCUGCUCAUGCCUCGCUGGUAACACCAAGGGAGCACAGUAUACAGAGCCCAUCAGAAAUUCUGAUAGAAACCCAGAUACCCUCACAAGGUCCUCCCCACAUGGCUUCUCCAAACAACAAGGGGGAGCGGUCCAGCAGUUUAGAGAGGAGAGAUCCUGAUAUUGGGGAGGAAAGGAGAAACCCAGGGUCAGACAUCAGAGGUCCAGAUAUGAUGGGACCAGGGCCUGACAUGAGGGGUGAUAGGAGAGGACCAGGGCAAGACAUGAGGGGUGAUAGGAGAGGACCAGGGCCAGACAUGAGGGGUGAUAGGAGAGGGCCAGGGCCAGACAUGAGGGAUGAAAGGAGAGGGCCAGAUAUGAUGGGACCAGGGCCAGACAUGAGGGGUGAUAGAAGGCCAGGGCCAGACAUGAGAGAUUCAGGGCCAGACAUGAGAGAUUCAGGGCCAGACAUGAGAGAUUCAGGGCCAGACAUGAGAGAUUCAGGGCCAGACAUUAGAGAUUCGGAGCCAGACAUGAGAGAUUCAGGGCCAGACAUUAGAGAUUCGGAGCCAAACAUCAGAGGGCCAGGUCUAGUGCCAGACACAAGGGGUGAUGGGAGAGGGCCAGGGACAGACAUGAGGGGUGAUGGGAGAGGUCCAGGGCCAGACAUGAGGAGUGAUGGGAGAGGUCCAGGGCCAGACAUGAGGGGUGAUGGGAGAGGUCCAGGGCCAGACAUGAGGGGUGAUGGGAGAGGUCCAGGGCCAGACAUGAGGGGUGAUGGGAGAGGGCCAGACAUGAGAGAUCCAGGGCUAGACACAAGGGGUGAUAGGAGAGGUCCAGGGCCAGACAUGAGAGGUCCAGGGCCAGACAUGAGGUGUGAUAGGGGAGGUCCAGGGCCAGACAUGAGAAAUCCAGGGCCAGACAUCAGAGGGCCAGACACAAGGGGUGAUAGGAGAGGUCCAGGGCUAGACAUGAGGGGUCCAGGGCCAGACACAAGGGGUGACAGGAGAGGUCCAGGGCCAGACAUGAGGGGUCCAGGGCCAGACGUGAGGGGUGAUAGGGGAGGUCCAGGGCCAGACAUGAGGGUUCUAGGGCCAGAUAUGAGGGGUCCAGGGCCAGACGUGAGGGGUGAUAGGGGAGGUCCAGGGCCAGACAUGAGGGUUCUAGGGCCAGAUAUGAGGGGUCCAGGGCCAGACGUGAGGGGUGAUAGGGGAGGUCCAGGGCCAGACAUGAGGGGUGAUAGGAGAGGGCAAGGGUCAAACAUGAGGGGUGAUAGGAGAGGGCCAGACAUGAGAGAUCCAGGGCCAGACACAAGGGGUGAAAGGAGAAGGCCAGACAUGAGAGAUCCAGGUCUAGGGCGAGACACAAGGGAUGACAGGAGAUGGCCAGGGCCAGACAUCAGAGGGCCAGGUCUAGGGCCAGACACAAGGGGUGAUAGGAGAGGGCCAGACAUCAGAGGUCCAAGGACAGAUAUGAGGGGUGAUAAAAGAGAUCCAGGGCCAGACAUGAGAGAUCCAGGGCCAGACAUGCAGGGUCCAGGGCCAGACAUGCAGGGUCCAGGGUCAGACAUGAGAGAUCCAGGGCCAGACAUGCAGGGUCCAGGGCCAGACAUGAGAGAUCCAGGGCCAGACAUGCAGGGUCCAGGGCCAGACAUGAGAACUCCAGAGCCAGACAUCAGAGGGCCAGGUCUAGGGCCAGACACAAGGGGUUAUAGGAGAGGGCCAGGGCCAGACAUGCGGGGUCCAGGGCCAGACAUGUGGGGUGAUAGGAGAGGGCCAGGGCCAGACAUGAGGGUUGAUAGGAGAGGACCAGGGCCAGGCAUUAGGGGUCUAGAGUCAGAUAUCAAAGGACCAGGUCUAGGGCCAGACACAAGGGGUGAUAGGAGAGGGCCAGGGCUAGACAUGAGGGGUAAUCGGAGAGGGCCAGGGCCAGACAUGAGGGGUCUAGGGCCAGGCAUGAGACGGCCAGGGCCAGACACAAGGGGUGAUAGGAGAGGGCCAGGGUCAGAGAUGAGGGGUCCAGGACUAGACAUGAGAGAUCAAGAGCCAGACAUCAGAGAGCCAGGUCUAGGGCCAGACACAAGGGUUGAUAGGAGAGGGACGGGUCCAGACAUGAGAGGGACAUGGCCCGAAACAAGGGGUGAUAGGAGAGGGCCAGGGAAAGACUUGAGGGGUCUAGGGCCAGACAUGAGAAGGUCAGGGCCAGACACAAGGAGUGAUAGGAGAGGGCCAGGUCAAGACAUGAGGGGUCCAGGACCAGACACAAGAGAUCAAGAGCCAGACAUCAGAGAGCCAGGUCUAGGGCCAGACAAAAGGGGUGAUAAGAGAGGGCCAGACUUGAGGGGUCUAGAGCCAGACAUGAGAGGGCCAGGGCCAGACACAAGGAGUGAUAGGAGAGGGCCAGAGCCAGACAUUUGGGGUCCAGGACCAGACACGAGAGAUCAAGAGCCAGACAUCAGAGGGCCAGGUCUAUGGCCAGAUACAAGGAGUGAUAGGAGAGGGCCAAACAUGAGAGAUCCAGGGCCAGACAAGAGGGUGGUUAGGAGAGGGUCAGCGCCAGAAAUGGAAGUUCCAGGGCCUGAAACAAGGGGUGAUAGGAGAGUGCCAGGGACAGACAUGAGGGGUCCAGGACCAGACACGAGAGAGCAAGAGCCCGACAUCAGAGGGCAGGGUUUAGGGCCAGAGAAGAGGGGUGAUAGGAGAGGGCCAGGGCCAGAUAUGAGGGGUGAUAGGAGAGGGCCAGACAUGUGGGAUGAUAGGAGAGGGUCUUCACCAAACAUGAGGGGUCCAGGGCCGGACAUGAGCGGUGCAGGACCAGACAUGUGGGAUGAGGGUAGAGGGCCAGAUAUGAGAGGUCCAGGGCCAGACAAGAGGGGUGAUAGGAGAGGGCCGGGGUCAGACAUGAGAGGGCCAGAUAUGAGGGGUGAUAGGAGAUGGUCAGGGCCAGACAUGAGCGGUGCAGGACCAGACAUGUGGGAUGAGAGUACAGGGCCAGAUAUGAGAGGUCCAGGGCCAGACACAAGGGGUGAUGGGAGAUGGUCAGGGCCAGACAUGAGGGGUGAAAGGAGAGGGCCAAACAUGAGAGAUCCAGGGCCUGACACGAGGGGUCCAGGGUUAGACAUGGGUCAAGAAAUGCGAGCCCAAGAUCCAGACAUGAGAAGUCCAGAUAUAAGAGGAGAUCACUUCACAACAACAACAAAUCAUUUUGGAGGAUCAAGGGGAGUACAAAGUCCUGGUUUCCAUGGCCCCAGGGGUCCUCGUCCCUCGAGGUUCAACCAGCUCAGAGGCUCAUCUCGAGGGUAUUUCCCAGACAAUGGGGGGCAGCCACGGUUUGACGGUCCACGGCUAGUGGUAAGACCGUUGAGGCCUAAAGGAGGUUUACUCCCCACUCCCCCGGAGGGUCUCAUGAGUUUGCCGAACAACAGCCCGGAUGCUUUUAGAGAAGACCAUUGGCGGAACAGUCAGUCGCCUGAUACGAGGAGAACAAGCCUACCCAUAGAAGACUGUGAAAUGAGAAACUAUGGAGACAGAGAAAACAACUCUGAAGAACGUGGCCGUGGUGUUAACCCCCGAGACAGGGUUAACUUCCACGGCACAGCGCCCUGCUUGUCCCAGGAGAGGCAGUUGCCUGAGGACAAUGGGAGAGAGCGGGGUGGCAGUCAUGGAAGACAGUGGGACAGGGGGACAGGUAGGCUUGUGAGUAGGGAGAGAGAAAGGGUUAGAGGGAGUGAAGUAGACAGGCCCAGAGAGGAGGUAGAUGAAAAGCAAAAGACACCCAUAGAAAAGGACAGAGACAUUGGCAGAGCCACAAGCAGAGAAGGAGAGGCAAACAGAGGAGGUGUUAGUCUGCACAACCGUUCACUCUCAAAAGACAAUGACCGAGACAUUUUAAAGGAUGGAAGUGGAAAGAAAGAAGAACAAAUGGAGGGAAAGGGUAAAACGGUUGAAUUAACAGAAACGCCGCAGGUAGACACGCCGCAGGUAGACACGCCCCAGGUAGACACGCCCCAGGAGAGCAAAGGGCCUGUUUGACUGGAGACUACUGUUCACAGAAAUGCAUGGACUAAGUUUGAAGUUGGUUCAGUUCAUAAUGUACUACGUAGUCGUUUUCACUACAUUAUUAAACACCUUUAACUUUUUGAAUGUCAUGACUGAACGUACCUUGUUUCAUUCAAUUUAGUUUUAAAAUUGUACAAAUUAUGUGCUUUUCAGAAUUUCCAGAUUAAAACUCAUGUCAUGUCAAACAUAAUAGAUAUGUACAUUGUGUUUAUGGAUAUUUUUUGGUAUUUUUUUUUUUUAUAAGUCCAAACCUAUUGAGCCAUACUGCUGUCAUCUAUUCACUGGUUAGAAAAAGCCUUCAUGUUGGAUCAUCUCAUGAUAAUUAUGUUUUAGAAUAAACUUUUUUUUUUUACUCUGUUUUAAUUUGUUGAACCGAGGCCAAUAAAAACAGUA